AUGCUGGGCCGCAGCCUAUCAGUGCGCCUCUCUGUUGACAGGCCCGGACUGGUCGACCGACGGGUCAUUGCAUACAUACUCACCUGUCUAUCGUCCAACCAGAUGGUGGGCAAACAUAGUAUUGAACUAGAUUGGGAGGCAUUGAAGGUGCGGCUUGGGAGCGAGAACACCCGGGGAGCGCUCGAGACGCAGGGGAUGGUCAUCCUUGACAAUGCAUUUGGAGAGACAGGCGCGAAAGCCAUGCGAGAAGAGAUCGUCUUUUUGGCUGAAAGAGGCUUGAUGACUCCAAAUCAAACACGCUUUGGCCCGCAUGAGGUGUUUAGAAAGCCGUUCAUAUGGGAGGCGGACAUGCACGACCAAUUUCUACGCGCAAGAGUCCCCAUCUUAGGCUCCCUCCUGGAGCGGGAGGCUUUGACGGAAGGCCUGACGCCUGCCCUUCCCCCUGGCCUUGGAGGCCUGCGAAGAGGGAUGAAAGGGCGGGCGCUCAAGGUCCAGCGAAAUGGAGGAGGAGGGGGCAGUUUUGCGUGGCACUACGAUAAUCCAGGCAAAGGCAGUCAAAGAAGACUUACUUGCUUGCUGUAUUUAAACCCGGGAUGGUGUCAGGAGCAUGGAGGAGAACUGGUCUUGCAGCCCUUUUUGGAGGGAUCUCCCACCGUGAUAGCGCCCUUGAUGGACAGGAUGCUCCGUUUCUCUUCCGCCGAAGCUGCCGACCCUGAAGUUCUGGCACGAAAGCUCCGAUUUUCUCCUUCUCAGCGCUUGGUGUCGCGUGCUGUCUAUGCAGAGGAAUACCAAAAAAGUUUGCGAGAGUGUAUGGCGGGAGACACACCAGGUGCCAAAGAGAUGCUGGCAGCCCAUGACGAUCACGUGCAGGCAGUCAAGCAGAAUCCUGCCAUGCAGGCGCUCGUGGAGACGUUGAGAAAACUAAAGAAAGGAGCGGGAGACGUAGGGAUGAAUAUGUAGAUGUGUGCGGACAAAAAGGAAGGGAGGGGAGCUACAAUGUUUGGAAGGAACCAUGAGCAUGGACUUUUGGGACAAAACACUUGGGAUGUAAGUAGCCU